AUGAAUCGAUUCUUUGUGAUACAGGGGUUGGAUUUUGUGAUCUCAGAAGCACGAAAGUAUGGGAUACGUUUAAUAUUGAGCUUUGUGAACAACUAUAAAGAUUUUGGAGGGAGAAGUCAAUAUGCUCAAUGGGCGAAAAAUGCAGGAAUUCUGAAUAUUAACAGUGAAGAUGAUUUUUAUACUCAUCCAGUUCUCAAAGAUUAUUACAAGAACCAUGUUAAGAAAAUAGUGACAAGAGUCAAUACCAUGAAUGGAAUAGCAUAUAGAGAUGAUUCAACAAUAAUGGCAUGGGAACUUAUGAAUGAGCCUCGCUGCAAUGCUGAUUAUUCUGGGAAAACAGUUCAUGGAUGGGUUCAAGAGAUGGCAAGUUUUGUGAAAUCACUAGACAAAAAGCACUUGUUGGAGAUAGGAAUGGAAGGAUUUUAUGGCGAUUCAAUGCCUGAAAAGAAGAAUGUUAAUCCUGGUUUUCAAGUUGGAACAGAUUUCAUCAGUAGCCAUCUUGUUAAAGAGAUUGAUUUUGCCACAAUACAUGCAUACACUGACCAAUGGUAAAUUUACUAAGCAUCUCUUUUACCUUAUGGUAUAAAUUGUCAGUAUACA